AAGGGCGCGCUGGUGCCCUAUAUAUACCGUGCCCCGCCUUCCGCCAGCGCAUUCUGCCAUUGAAGAGCGGCGGAGUAGCGGUGUUUUAGGAACUCGAGGCAGCCUCCUCAGGGUGCGCGGCGACCCUCCCCCAAGAGGCGAGCCGUUAGGCAGCUCCCCACCCCCACCCCAGACUUUGGGGACCUGACGGAACAGAGCCUCCGACCACCUGGGGCGCAGAGGUCCUUGUUGUGGUCCAUCAUCCAGGCAGUGGCCACCUCCUGACCUUCCUCCUCCGAGGGGUCCUCCCCAACAGCAGCAGUAGCAGUGGCCCCCUCCCAGCCUCGGAUGUGCAGACCAGAGGAGCAGACAGCCGGAGCAGUUCGAGACGUCAGAAAACAUUAACAGCCUUGCAGGGUGUGAGGUAUACGUUGCUUUUCCACCUGUGUGUUCUGGCUACACAUAGCCUCACACCUCUGCCAUUCCAAAUGUCUUCUGUAGACGUGGACCCUUCCACGAUCCCUUUGGCGCCAGUCCAGGUGUCUCCUCCACCCCCUGUGCUGCCUCUGUGGGUGCCGCCCCUUCUGUGCUGCGUGCCCGCCAUUCUUUCUCCCUGUUUGCUUCUGCCUGAGAGCUUCCAGGUGUGUGUCCCCUGUUCUGCAGCUAUUUCAUGUGUGUGCCCCACUCCACAUGCUGCCUGCCAAUGUUUGUGUUACUCCACUGCUAUUUCUGCUUGGGAGAUCCCUGGCCACAUGAUACCUGGCCACGUGGGUGUCGUUUCACGACGCAGGGGCCUUACUGCUUCUGUCAUCCGGCCACGCAGGCUUUCCUCUGUGAUUGCUCCCAUGCAGGAGCUGCGUUCUGCAUGCCACGUGGGCCCCUAUGUGCCCCUUUAUGAUUGCAUCCAUGGGGGAGCCCAGUCUCGUGUGCUGCCUGCUCAGGUGUAUGUCCCUCCUUACAUCCUGCCUGUCCAUGUGGGAGUCCUUCCACGGAUUCUGCCUGCCCACGUUGGAGCACCUUAUGCGCUGCCCAUUCGCAUGGGUCCUGCUCCAAAUAGUCAGCCUGCCCCCUCGGGAGACCUUCCACAAAUAUUUCCACAAGGGAGCCCCUCCAACACUGUUGCCAGACAGGAGCCUUACCCUGAUGCUUUGAAUGUCCGUGCUCCUCUCCGUAUGGUGAAUGGCUCUGAUGUUGCUCCACGAGUUGCGCCCAGGAGCCUUGCUGCAUAUGCUGUCUCCUAAAGUGAUGCCUAUUGUGCACAUGCUUUAUUCAUGUUUCUUCUGUAUGGUGGGAUUCUUCACAUGUGCACUCUGGCCAUGUGUAUUCCACUUUUGUAUGCCCCCCUGUUUUCUAGACAUACUCACUUUGCAUUCAGUAUAUAUGUCUUCUCAGGAGAGAGUACCCAGGUGGAUGGGGGCAAAAUGUUCUAAUG